AAGGAAUGCGUGUGACGCAGCUGUCAGUUGCCAUUUCAAUAUCAAUUUAAGCUCGGCCGAUCUGCAGCUCUUUAUACUACGCAGACUCGGGAUCAUCCUCAAGGCUCCAAAUUCAUAUCAAGUGUCCAGGUAGACUCUCGAUCAAGGACUCCCGUCAACAUGGCGGAACCGUCUGCUGGACGACAGAAAGUGGUCAUCGUGGGUGCUGGCCCGGUGGGGUCCCUGGCGGCUCUCUACGCUGCAGCUAGAGGCGACGAUGUUGAGAUGUACGAACUACGCGGAGAUCUGCGCGAUCCAAGCACGAUUCCUCUGAACUUCACCAAGUCCAUCAAUCUCGCCCUCUCCGAGCGGGGCAUCACUGCCAUGCGGCAGGCCAACCGAGAGGAACUCAUAGAGCGCAUCCUCGCCGACGCCAUCCCCAUGCACGGACGUAUGAUCCACGGCCGAAGCGACGGCAAGCUCUGGGAAGCUGCGCAAGCUUAUGAUGUCCACGGCCGAGCCAUCAAUGCCGUUGACCGCGGCACUCUCAACAAUGCCCUCUUGGAUGAACUGUCGCGCACGCCAAACGUCAAGAUGUUUUUCAACCACAAGCUCACCGGUGCCGACUUCCGCACCAACCGUGCCUGGCUCGAACGCCGCACUCCGGGCACCGCUUACACUCCGGAAUCAGUGACCGAGAUUGAAAUCACUUUCGACUACCUCAUCGGUGCCGACGGCGCCCACUCCGCCUCCCGCUAUCACAUGAUGAAGUUCGCCAGAGUAGACUAUCAGCAAGAAUACAUCGACGCGCUUUGGUGUGAAUUUCGCAUACCCCCACACCCGGAAACAGGAGACUUCCAGAUCUCUCCCAACCAUCUACACAUUUGGCCGGGCAAAGAAUUCAUGUUCAUUGCGCUUCCAUCGGCUGAUAAAUCCUUCACCUGCACGUUAUUCGCACCAGCCUGGCACUAUGAGAAACUGGAAAAGAGCUCACCGCAAGACCUUGUGACCUCCUUCGAUUACAAUUUUCCCGGCGUCUGUCCCAACUUGAUUUCGCCUGAAGCCCUAUCCCAGCAAUUCACCGAAAACCCACACCUUCCUCUCAUCAGUCUGAAGUGUAAACCACACCACUUCGGCUCCAGCGUAGUAAUAGUCGGCGAUGCUGCGCACGCCGUCCUGCCUUUCUAUGGACAGGGACUGAACGCCGGACUUGAAGAUAUCCGCGUUCUCUUCUCUUUCAUGGACCAGUACGGCGUCUAUGACGACUCUAUCAGUCCUACACCUGAAGCUCAAGCCUCUGCCCGUGCCGCAGCAUUGCAAGCAUACACCAACCAACGCACGGCCGAUACAUGGGCCAUCAACGACCUGUCCAAGCAGAAUUAUCUGGAAAUGCGCUGGGGAGUCAAGAGUCCCGUCUACAAGUUGCGCAAGACGGUGGAGGAGACACUAGACCGCUAUGUACCGAGCCUGGGAUGGCAGACACAGUAUUCUCGUGUAAGCUUUAGUAACCAACGGUACUCGGAGGUGAUUGCGUCUGUGAAGAGGCAGGGGAAGCUGUUAGGUGUUGCUGGGCUGGGGUCGGUCCUGGUGUCGGUGAUGAUCGGGGCUGGGGUAUUGAUGAGAUGGCCGGAGAGGUUGUCGUUGGGAGCUGUGUGGAGGACGUUGUUUGGAAGAAAUUGAGGAAAUCCUCCGUAUUUGUCUUUUGUUUGAGCUUUCUUUGCGUUAUAACAGUAUGUUAUGUAAGUAUAGCCGAUGUUUUUGCUGCAAGACCCGACUGCAUGCAAUCAUAGAAUGACGCCAAAAGCACGUAAAUCUG